AUGACUCGAUUCUGCGACACCGUCAAGACACUCAUCAAGGAGCCUUCCUUCUACCAGUUCACCGGCACCGUUGCUGGCUACACUCUGUUUGCUGCUGCCUUCCCCGUUGUUGCUGCCAUUCACACUGCUCGAGGCGUUGCACUCCUGAAAAACAAGUCUCUUGAGAGCUGCGAGUGCGAGAACAAGCUGGCCAAGAAGUUCGACAUCUCCAACAUCACCCUCAAUGAGUGGUACUCUCCUAUCACCCUGCUGUUUCCCCUGUUCAAGCGAGUUGUUGAGCCCCUCGGACCCCUGGCUGUCAUGUGGGCCCGAUACACCGGUCUUGUCGGUGAGAUGACCGACAAGGAGGUCAACUGCGUCUUCAACUGCUGGGCGAAAAUCUCUCUCGGAUACAUCUACGUCACCGGUGCCAUCUGCUUCACUGGUCUCUCUGUGUGGUCUUACCGACGACAGACCCAGCGACACAUCAAAAAGCAGAGCAUUGUUGGUGUUCCCGAGGUCACUCUCGCUCUCUUUACUGGUCUGCUCUUUGUCUAA